AUGUACGGGAUCGUUUACACCAAACCCUGCGACAACCCCAAAAGUGCCAACUGCAUCUCACCGUUCCUGGCCUCUAACCCCAAACUGCAGUUGAGCAUCUACACAUCGCUGAGACCCAACACAGAGGGAGGACACACUUUGAUUCACACAGAAGAGGUCUUUGACAUCAGCACAAAGAUUGAAAGGAUGAUUAAUGUCUCGCUACCGAAAAAAACUCGAAACAACGGGACAUUGUUCGCCCUGAUAUUCCUCCAUCAAGCAGGCGUCAACCCCUGGCAGGACCACAGACAGGUCCACCUGGUUGCUCAGCUCACCACAUACAUGAUUCCCAAAGCUCCAGAGGUCUCCCUUAUAGCUGGAGAGGACCAAACACCGGAUGUAAAAGAGUCCCAGCAAAAUAACAAGGCAGGUGCGGAUGGAGCAGCUUCUUCGUCCUCUGACCAGCCAGUCUCUCAUUGGCGUUCACGGCUCACUUUUAACGUUGUUGGAGACCACUUCAUAUUCGACAGAGAGUACCUGCCCGGCGAUGUCCACAGAUACCUCAGAGUGUUUCAAAAUGGCAAGAAAAUGGUGUAUCUCCCACUGUUGUUCGUGGACGAGCUCAGUAACCGGGUCAAGGAUCUAAUGGAGAUAAAUAGUACGUCUGCAGAGCUGCCUCUCACCCUCACGUACGACUCCAUCUCGCUGGGCAGACUGCGCUUCUGGAUCCAUAUGCAGGACGCCGUCUUCUCUCUGCAGCAGUUUGGCUUCACGGAGAAAGACGCCGAUGAGAUCAAAGGCAUCUUUGUGGACACCAACCUGUAUUUCUUGGCUCUGACAUUUUUUGUAGCUGCUUUUCAUCUCUUGUUUGACUUCCUUGCCUUCAAAAAUGACAUCAGUUUUUGGAAGCAGAAGAAGAGCAUGGUGGGGAUGUCCAGUAAAGCAGUGCUGUGGCGAUGCUUUAGCACCAUAGUGAUUUUCCUGUAUCUGUUUGACGAGCAGACCAGCCUGCUCGUGCUCAUCCCCGCAGGCGUCGGCUCCAUCAUCGAAGUGUGGAAGGUGAAGAAAGCCUUUAAGAUUCAGGUUUUCUGGAAAGGAGGAAGGCCAACAUUCCUGUUUGGAAAGCUUGACGAAUCUGAAAGAAGAACCGAAGAAUAUGACACACUGGCAAUGAAGUAUCUGUCCUACCUCCUUUACCCGCUGUGCUUUGGAGGAGCCAUAUAUGCGCUCAUUUUCCUCCGAUACAAGAGCUGGUACUCAUGGGUGAUUAAUAGUUUGGUUAAUGGCGUGUAUGCAUUCGGUUUUCUCUUCAUGCUUCCUCAACUAUUUGUUAAUUAUAAGUUCAAAUCCGUGGCCCAUCUGCCUUGGAAAGCAUUUAUGUAUAAGGCGUUUAAUACCUUCAUCGAUGAUGUCUUUGCCUUCAUCAUCACCAUGCCAACGUCUCACAGACUUGCCUGUUUCCGAGAUGACGUUGUGUUUCUCAUCUACCUUUACCAGAGAUGGCUCUAUCCAGUGGACAAGACUAGAGUUAAUGAGUAUGGAGUUUCCUAUGAUGAGGAACCUAAGAGUAAAUCACACAAGGACUGA